GUACAUUAGUGUGGCCUACACCGUACGUUUCUGAAUGGGAAGAGGUUGUGUGUAUCAAUCAAAACAUGUAUAUUUUAAUGCAAUGCAACCCACAUUUACUUUAUCGAUUAUGUUUCAUAUAUUUUGUACAAUAGCGCUUUGUUUCAAUGCAGUAUUACAGCGUGAAGGCAUAUAUAUUUCGACACACCGGUAAUAACCACAAGGGUAGACAUGAAAUUGGCCAUCAUUGCUGUACCGGGUUACGUAGUUCCUGGAGCUGACGGAAAAGAUGUUAUAGCGGCUCUCGGAGGCGAGAAUACAUUAGCACAGCUUCAUAGAUCCGAUGCUGAGGUGUCUCUGAAUCUCAGUUUCCAUCCUAACAGGUCAUAUGUGAUUGGAAGGCAGGAUGUAAAUGGUAAACCGUGCAUUUUGGCAAUUCGCGUGAAACGUUGGAGUGAUGGUAGAAGAACAGUGGAAAUCAUGGGAGUUGCCACCAAAUUGUUUACGUUCACCACUCCAGCUGACUUUAUCCAUAUCGCAAAUGUCCCUGUAGUGACUGGUGAUGAAGUUGGUACAGAUCCUCUGAACAGGCCGUAUGGGUUAGUACCACCUUUUUUCACGAAGAUAGGAUCUACUGUGAACUUAUUCAAGGAACAGUUAAUGAAUGCUUCGCAAGAUAAAACUAAUAAAAUAGAGAAUUCACAUAUGUUUAAUGCAGUAGCACAUUUCGACGAUGAUGCCAUACCAACCAAGCCUAUGGGCUCAAACUUAAUGGCACCUCCAGACGAGGCUUUGAUGGCGGAACUCGAGGUACUUUUCAAUCAGCGGCCUGUAUGGUUACGAAAUGCAAUUGAUGAGUAUUUGCCAAAAUCAUUUUCCACUUGGAAAAAGAAAGUGGCCUUUGCAAGAACUUGUUAUAUUUUUGCUGAUGGCCCUUGGAGGGGUUGUAUGUGCAAACUGGGCUACGACCCUAGGAAACAUCGCGACUCUCAUAUAUAUCAGAUAAUUGAUUUUCGAGAUCCCUACUAUCGGUCUAUAAGCUGGAAAACCGAAAAACACGGUAGUACGCGUGACCAAACUACCGAUAAAACAAUCAUGGCCACGUGUUCAUCGCACAUGGAUGUAGUGUCUAAGAUGAGAAACUUUAACCCGGAGGUUCAUUUCUUAAUACCUCCAUCUAGACCAUCGCAACUGUAUCAGUUUUGUGAUAUAUUUGAUGCCGGAAUCCAAAAAUUGGUGAACGAACAAGAUUUGAGAGAGAACAAUCCUUGCUCCAAGGCCACAGGGUGGUAUUCGCAAUCCACAAUGUCUAAGAUACGUAGUAUGAUGAAUGUAAAGAGUCUUCGAAUGAGGCAGUCACUAACGGGAACCAAGCUGGCCUAAUCCCUGUAUGUAAACCCUGCAGUGUUACAUACAAAUAUCAGGAUUCAUGGCCAGCUAUUCCUCAUGAUAAUGAUCACACA